AUGGCUGAACAGGAUGAAGUCGCGAGCAAGGUCCUGCGAAGGGCCCAAGUCUCAAAGAUGACCCGAACGCUGCAGAACCGCCUCGCCCUGGCCAACGUCAAGAUGAAGAACGGCUGGGAGAGCCUCAGCCUGGAUGCCAUUGAACCCGUCCUCGACGGCGCUGAGCGCAAACGUAAGCGCCCCGGCUCCAGCAACGAAGCCAUGUCGGAUGUUUCGAGCGUCUCCGAGCGCUUCUAUCAACCCAGCGUCCUCGACUCCUCCCCACUCCAAGCCCCCAUAUUCUCCGACGAUGUCCGACGAUCCGUCAGCCGGUCCGUCAGCACAGGCAGUUACCUUCAAAACAAGCGGCCCCGUCAAGACCGGACAAUGUACCCAGCAUCGAGCAACCACGCCCGUGUCAAGGUGAGGACAGCCACCAGCGCUGCUACCUCCUGGAAGAACAGCUUCCAAUUGCCCGAGUCUUCGCCCGUAUACCAUCGCCGGCACGCACGUUUUGGUCGUCAACAUGUCCCUAGCCUUUCUUUCGUCUCCGAAACCUCGACCGUUCCCGAUCCACAUUCGCCCCUACUCUCCGAAGACGAUGACGAAGACCUACCCAUCACAUCCUUCUCUAUCAACAGAUCGCACUUCUCCCUCGACCGAUCGCACUUCCAGUCAUCGCCGCCGCCGCAGAGGGCCCCACGCACGCCGCCCCCUGAUGUCGCUCGCUCAGCACGUCUUCGACAACGUGGAUUCAAUGCUGCCGGCGCAGCUCGGGAAGGAAAGCAAGGAGAUGACGAUGCAAACCUCUUGAUGUACCUGGCUACAUCACCGACACCAGUCCGUCCAGGUCACCAGAAGCCGCAGAUGCUCGCGCCAUCGACUCCUCCACCCAAAGCGACACCUCUUCCCUCGUCGAUGAUGUCCACGCCCGGCGGUGGCGGCUCUCACUACAUGGGUUUCGGACUUGCGACACCGUCAACAAACCUCAAUUUUGCCGAGUUCCUCAACAUGUCGCCGAGUCCUGCGCAGGCCAAUGCAUCGUCAUGGAACCGCACCCCUGUGGCAACACGAACACCUGCUGCCGUCCGAGAAGCACGACGUCACCUCAACUUCGAUAACAUUGGUCCUCCUGGUGACGCUUCCCACAUGAACGCUCAUGUUGGAAGAAUGGACGGCCCAAUGGACCUUGGUGGAGAGCUCAUCUCGUGA